AUGAUGCGCGUGUUGCUGAUGAGUAUCGCCGUUUGUCUGGCUGUCCAUUCGUCACAUCAAAGUGCACAGUUUUACGGCGGCUCCAUUAGCUUUGACCUUGACGACCUUCCAAACGGCGGCGUGCUGGCCAAGAUGGAGAUUAUUUCUGGCUGGGUGCUUGGAACGGGACCGUGCGGGCCGAACUGUUCUCGGGCCGAUGUGGGCAGAUCGACAAAACCGUCAAGACAGAUGAUGGAAACUUUAACUAAUGAUUCAAUCUACUUCGGCAACUUUACCACCGACUUUAAAAGAGGCAAUGAAGUCAUAAAGCCGCUGCACGACAGAAUGCUGCAGAACUAUACAGAGGUGGUGUUAGCUGUGAAUGAAAUUGCCAAGUGGGAACAGGAGUUGUUAAAGUUUUCAUUUGUAGUUGAACCGGAUGUUAAAUCCCAGGAUAUGAACAUUAAGCUGAACACGACUAGUAGAAUUAUGCUGCCGGCUAUCGACAAAGACAACGACUUUAUAAAGUGUGUAAAGGCAAAGUACAUCGAGAAGGGGGACCUACGAACGAUUGAUCAACCGGGUAUCGCCGUCGGUACAGUCGAUGAGGGUUGUCAAGUAACUAUCGAAGCCACAGAGGCAAAUGGAUAUAAAGAUGAUUACUAUGUGGCGAUCCCAGUGACCGUUCGUGAUAUGAACAGAGUACCAAUCCAGUUUGGUUCAAUGAUUUAUAACAGUGCACAGACCGCAAUUUGCAGUACAUCUGUCCAGUUGAUCGUCCACGUUCUUGCUCAUCUUGUUACGCCUGAGUUCAUUAUUCCAACCCCUAGUGCGAACCACCGCUUUAUUCUAUAUGUUGGAUCAAACUGGGCUGCGAAGGUCUUUGCUAAAUCGUCGGAAAAUUCAACAAUUACAGAAUUUAUGGUAUCUGGAAGAAACUUGGAACAUUAUCAAACGUCCGAAGUUAAAGACACUACAAACGAACACGUCAAAUAUAUCGAAAUAUCCUGGACUCCGGAAAAGUCUGAUGUUCAGAGCCAUAUCGUUUGUGUUACUGCCAUAGAUGAAAAUGGGGUUGACUCCGCGGAGCAAAGAUGUUUUAUCCUGGAGGUUAUUGAUAAGACCUUCAACCAUUCUUCACAGAUCAAGUCGGACCGACCAUAUUUUAUAGAUGCCCCUUCGAGAGAUGAGCUCGUAAAAUGCCCGGUAGAUGCGACAUGCGUGAUUCCAGUAUUUGUCGUUUCUAAAAGAAAUGUGACAGAAAUUGUGAUUCCCGAGAGUUUCAUGGAUGAGUCUUCUAUUGGGGAUAUAUCAUACGUUCUGCACAAUGGCCAAUACGUUUACAAGGCGCUUUUAGCUUUUCGCCAUACAAUGCAGGGCGUCGUGGAUAUUUGCCUUCAAGCCACUGAUGACCUUGGAAUGCAAAGUGAAAAACUGUGUUUCAAACCUAUGAUUAAGCCUCCAGAUCCGUGUGGUUCUUCACCGUGUGAAAAUUCAGCCCGAUGCGUUUCACGUGACGACGCAACGGGAUUGUUCGAUUGCCAUUGUGAUGUUGGCUACUAUGGAAUAUACUGCGAAAAAGUCGUUGAUAUGUGCAACCCAUCUCCGUGUGAUCAUGGAAAUUGCUUUCCCCUAAAUAAAGGGUAUUAUUGCUAUUGUGCUGACGAUCAUCAACAACCGAACGACUACAGGGGAGAUAACUGUACAGACAAAAUUGAUGACUGUGCUGGACAAACUUGCUCCAACAACGGAAUGUGCAUUGAUGGAGUGUUAACACACACUUGUGACUGCUUCCAGAGAUACACCGGAAAUGACUGUGAAACUGAUCUUUGUCCUGGUUCGACAAAUCCGAGAACUUGUCCCUCAGCCGAAUGUAUUCCACCAUGUAAUAACUCCGGUGUUUGUAAAGGCGGUGGAUGCAUCUGUACUCUCGGCUUCGAAGGAAACAUUUGUGAAAACGAAAAGGGGAACAUAUCAAGAUCUCUAACAGGUGUGUCGUUUGUUAAACCAACACUUCAAACGGGAAGCAAGAUUGUUUGUACAAUCAAUGGGAAUACUGAGGUCCAAAAUUGUUCUUUUGAUGUGUUCAUGGAAACCGAAAGUAUGCUUCCACCAUUUUUGAACUUGUCAACAACGGAAAGUCUCAUACAGUCAACAUCUGGCCCAGUUCAUGAUCAAACCCUUAUAGCUGGUGUCCACAAACUUUAUACGAGCAAGAUUUCUAUCAUCGGCCAUGUGGUUGACAAGUCCCACCAAUAUGUAUGUGUUAUAGCCAACGAUACAACGAAUCCUACUGCUGUCGAUAAACUGUGCUUGGAACUCGAUUUUCAAACAACGGGUACGCCUCUUGAAGACGAGUCUUUGAUCCGUUUCCUUGAACCCACUCCGCUUGCAGGAAGUCGCUUAAAAUGCAUUUUAAACGAGGGAUGCACACUGUUCCUAUAUACGUCAUUCAACAUUUCCUGGCAACGAGCCAGUAUUAUCCGUAACAGAUGGGGUUACCAUAUUCGAGCCAUAUUAUGA